CUCGCGCCCCUCCCCUCCCCCCGUCGCUCACCGCGCGCCUCCCUGUCUCACUACACACAGACCGGAGCGGCGGAGGAAAUCUAGCCUCUGUAGCAGCUCGUCAGGCUCUCACACACGGACAGAGCGAUGUCAGAGCCUGCAGGGCGGAGUUCCUCCAUCUCUUCCAUCUCCUCCGUUUACUCCGUCUCUCUGGUGGAGAUCAAGGCUGAGACUCGUCUGGUCCUGCAAGCUUUUCUCGAACGGACUCUUUCUACCCCCCACAAAGAGAGACCGGGCAAAGUAGGGGGAGCGUACGAUGAUCAUAACAAGUUCAGGUCCAAGCCACAUUCCCAACCAAAUGAUGGACGGGACCACCAGGCUGAAGAUGAAAACACAAAGAAGACUGGAUUGAAGGGGUUAAUAAAGCAGCUGCCUCAACGGAGCACGAUUCGAAGGACAAAAGAUGCGAAAGGCUCGCUUGACAGGGACAUCAAGGCAAAACACUACCAAGAAGAUGGAAAACCUUCCUCCUCCUCCUCCUCAUCAGAUGACGAUGACCGAGAAAAGUGGAAGAAGAAACAAAAGAAGAUUAAAAGAAAGCUGUCUCAGUUCUUUAAAAAGAUGGAAAAACAGAAGAAAGAGAAGGAGAAAGAAAGAAUUCAACCUCUGUCUUCAGGGGACACCAGCGCGCCAAGUUAUCGUCCUGAGUUCUACAAUGAGGUGGCUGAGAAGCUGGACAGGAUUGCCCGGAAAUCCACCAAGUUAAAGAUACCGAGUCCCGUAGUCCAACCAACACCAGUGGUGUGUGAUAAAGAGGUGGUGGUCCAGCAGCUGGUUGAGCUGCUGUCUUUGGAAGGAGAUGCCAUCAACACUAAGAUCCAGUCGGACCCCAUCCUGCGCAACAGUCUGAAACGUCUUUCCUACGGAUCAUUUGCCAGAGUUAUAGACAUUUUCAACAGCAGUCAGGUGCCCCAGGUCCCGCCCUCGGCACCACCAGCUAGUCCAACACUGAGACGCAUAGCGGUCAGCAUGGAGGUGUCCCGGCGGAUGGUGACCGCCUCAGGAACCAACCGCAUUCAAGGCUUCGCAGAACACUAUAUGAACACCUUUGCCUCUUGGGUUAAAAGUCAUGGAGGAUGGGAGAGCGUGGCCGAAUUGGAGGAACCUGUGGAGUAUGACUGAGGUUCAGGUGUCCUCUGCAUCACGGUUUCCCCUCUGGACUGUGACACUGACAGUUCUGUCUUCUUCAUCAGUAAAGACUAUCGUCAUGCCAACAAGCCUUUUUCCUGGAGGGCCUGGUGCUGACAAACCAGUUUCACCUGGUACGAUGGUGGUAUCUGACUCCACUCGGCUUUCUCUGGUCUGUAGGGCCUUAUGGAGAAGCUUGAGGAUCCUCAUCUAAGGAUCUUCUUGUCUUAAUGUUUAUGUCAGGGAUGUCCAGUUCUGGGGCCUCAUUUAUCAAGCUUGUGUAGGAACAAAAACCAGCGUACGCCAACUUUUGGAAUUUAUAAAAACCUAACUUGACGGGAAAAUGUUCUUACCUCCCCGGCAACUCUGACCCAGCUGUAUGCACGUAAUCUAGAAAAACGGGAAACGGCAACACCAACGAUACAGAAUAAAAUCAAGGAAAUGAUGUGAAACAUUUCUGCACAGUCCACUAUUACCUUUCACACCACAUGUUAGAUAUUAAAGCUGUUUACAGAAAUGAAUAAAGACGCACAUUUGAUAUUCUGCUGAGAGCACACGCUCAGGGGAACAACAACAGGAUUUCCAGGAAAAGGGAGAUGAUAUUAAUAAGAAGCUCAACCACUAAAACAUGUUCUGUCAUUGUGAAACAAAACUUCCAUGUUAUAAAAUCCAUCCAGCUAAAUAACGUGGACAGUCUGCUGCCAGCAUGUAGCAGUCAGUGUGGAAAGUAGCUUUGGUCCUACAUUUUGUCCAAAGCGAUUCAUCACUCUGGGAUUCGAACUUCAGUCUCCCACAGGGCAGACGGAUGCUCUACCGACUGAGAUAUCCAGCCACAUUAUCUCUGGCGUCUUGCCUUCUGACACAGUGAUGACAGCAUCUGCCUCCUGCUGCCACUAUUCUGCCUUAAUAACACAAGCAAUGCCCACGCCGUGCCCACCAAUUAAACAUUUUUACGUUUGUCAACCUGGUUCAUCAGGAUCUCAGUCUCCUGAGACAUCAUGGGAAUGAUGUGAUAAAUAUUUAUUACAGGUGUCCACCUGACCAUUGAUAGCCACCAUGUGGGCGGGGCAAGGCGUUCCCUCACGUGUGCCCGCGUUAGAGUUGAUUCUGAUUUAUAAACAGAAGUUGGUGUGGGACGUGCGUGCGCACGCUUUUAUAAAUCUGAAAGUAGAAGUGUGCCGCAGAUGCCACCUGUAGUUUGCUUUGCUACGCGCAGUUUGAUAAAUGAGGUCCCUGGUCCUCCAAGGGCGCCAUCCUGCAGGUUUUCUCUGUUUCCUGAAUGAAAUGAUGGUAACAUUAACAAUUUUUGAGCAGAACUUGACAGCAAACUGUUGAGAAGACCCAUUUAAUCAGAAUCAGGUAUCUAAAACCUGCAGGACUGUGGCCCUGGAGGACCGGAGCUGUGCAGAGUCGGUCCUUUAAAUCUAUGAGCCAGCGGCCGCUGUGAAGCAGCAAUGAAGACGAAGCUGAUGAUGCAGCAGCAGCACUAAGUUGAUCCCCGGACAGCGUGAGGGUGAUGAAAACACUGGGUCGGGGGUCUGCAGAUGAACACUAACUGGUCUGUGGUGCUGACAGCCUCAGUUCUUUCGGUUUACAUGGUCUGUAUCAAGAACUGAGGUCCUGGAGUUUGAACAAACAUCUAAUAGAUUUUUACCUCAGUGGUGCUGGAGUAAAGGCUCUCUGGGUCUCCUGCACUGAUGGCAUUAAAACACUCUGCUGUAUUUAAGUAUUUAUUUUGAACUGUUUACACUUUUUUGACAUAUCAGAGAAAAUGGAAGUUGUGAAGUGUUUUUUUAGAUCAUUUAUUCAAUCUUAAUAAUCAGUGUAAAAAGUGAUGAUUGUCUGCACCAAACUGAAAUCUGAACUGCUUGAUAAUGUUGUGAAGUCAUAUAAAUGUCUUCAGCAGAAU